AUGUCAUCCCUCUUAAAGGAAGACAUGGUGAAAAAACUUUUUAAACCACAAGGACAUACUUUGUGCGAGUUCAUUGAGACAAAGUCCAAAUUCAAGGAGAGGUUUUAUCUGUGCACAUCAGUGGCUAAGGAGGAAGUUCACAUAUCCUUGGUAAAACAUUUCAGAGCAUGUCUAGAUGAAAAAUAUGAAGUGAUUGAGAUGUGGCUUCUUAAAGAUCUUGUGUACAUUGAUGGAAAAGAACCAGAAACAGACAACCCACAUUUUGACAUGAUGUUUGACGAAGUGUGCAAUGUGGAAGCCUACAGCUGUGCCUCAAAAUACGCCUUUGCUCGGAGUUUAGUUAAACUUAACACUCUCUACACCAAGAAGGACAUCAAAGUUAUUAAUUUUGACUCUUCCUACAUAGAAGAAGGAGUAAUCUGGUCUUCAAACAAUGGCGACUGUUUAGUACUAAUGAGGAUAUGCUUUUACGCCUCUAACCUACUGUGCUUAUCAUUAUGUCCUAUGCCGUAGGCACUGGCAGUGUGGCUAACAAUGAUUAGGUGACCUAAUUCAGCGAUCUAAUAGAAGUGAUAUAGGAACUGCAACUAAGUCUGUCUAGAUUACCAGUGAUAGUGUUAGAGCAUGCACAGAUUAGGUUCUAGAUUUAAUGAGUAAUGCAAUGUGAGUGUAGUUGCUACUGGACAUCUAGAG